AUCGUUUGAUGAAAGACUAUUUUGACGAGGCGCCGACAUUUUCAAACGAAUUUUUUAGGCGUCGUUUCCGAAUGAGUAAGCGGUUGUUUCUACGCAUAGUCAACGACUUGGAAGCCAACUACGAUUAUUUUAAACAAAAACCGGAUGCGAGAGGGGCACUUGGAUUUACCGGUAUCCAAAAGUGUACGUCGGCAUUACGAAUCCUUGCUUAUGUUAACACUACCGACAUCAACGACGAGUAUCUAAAAAUGGCGGAGAAAACAACACAAGAUAGCUUGGAACAUUUUUGUCGCGGUAUAAUUGAUGUGUACGGUGCGCGUUAUCUUAGAACGCCUACAUGGGAGGACCUUCAAAAGAUCUACGAGGUACAUAAUGCCAAGCAUGGUUUGCCUGGUAUGAUCGGGAGCAUAGAUUGCAUGCAUUGGCGUUGGGAUAACUGCCCGACUGCAUGGCGAGGCCAACACACACGUGGUGACCAAAAAGGACCCACUAUUAUUCUUCAGGCGGUUGCUUCACAGGACCUUUGGGUUUGGUCGGCUUACUUUGGCAUGGUCGGGUCAUGCAAUGAUAUCAAUGUUUUUGAACAAUCGCCGUUGUUAGAGGAGUGGAUUUCUGGCAAAGCUCCAAAAGCGUCGUUUUACGCAAAUGGAAACUACUACCCCCAUGUUAUUUGA